AUGGAAGUAAACUACUAUGAGAAAACUCCACUGCUACACAGAAACUUCGGACAUCGUAGCAGAGGACCUCAAUUUUUAAUGAAGUGCGAGUUUCUUCAACCUGCAGGGAGUUUCAAGAUUAGGGGAAUUAGUCAUCUAAUUAAGACAAGUCGCAUAGAAGCAAGCGUGAAAAGAAACGCUGAGUUUGCAGUAGUCUCAAGUUCCGGUGGCAAUGCUGGGCUGGCUGCAGCAGUUGCAUCGAAGAUUCAGGCCGUUCCUUGCUCUGUUGUAGUUCCAAAAAGUACAAAAAAAAGGAUGGUUCAAAAGAUAGAAGCAGCAGGUGCAGAAGUGAUAACUGUGGGAAGUCAUUGGGGAGAAGCUGAUGAGUUUUUACGAACGAAAUUAAUGCCUGCUCUAAGGGAAAAGAGAGUAGAACCGCUUUAUGUGCACCCAUUUGAUAAUCGGACUAUCUGGGAAGGUCAUUCGAGUAUCAUUGACGAAGUGGUGGACCAAUUGGCUGCAAAAUCCAUUUCAGUAGGGAGAAUCAAGGCAAUUGUUUGUAGUGUCGGGGGUGGUGGCCUAUUUUCUGGAAUUAUAAAAGGUUUAGAAAGACAUGGGUUGGCGCGGCACAUACCUGUUAUCGCCGUAGAAACCAAAGGAUGUGAUGUCUUAAGCAAAUCUUUAGAGGCCGGUCACCCUAUCACUUUGACGCAAAUUACAAGUGUAGCCACCUCUCUUGGUUCUCCAUAUAUAUCAGACUUUGCUUUUGAGGCUGCCCAAAAAUAUGGUACUAAAUCUAUUGUUCUCAAUGAUGCAGAAGUAUUGAGCACUUGCAUCAAGUUUGCAGAUGACUACCAUAUUGUUGUCGAGCCUGCUUGUGGAGCUUCACUUCACUUAUGCUACAAUCCAGAAAUUUUAAGCGCAUCUCUCGGUUAUGAACUAGAUGAAAAUGAUAUUAUAAUUACCAUUGCAUGUGGAGGUUCCUGUUCAUCAUAUCAGGAACUUAUUUCAACUUUAAAUGCAUUGCAAAACGAGUAG